AGCUGAGCUCGCAGAUUCUCUCUCUCUCUUUGUCUGAAGACGAAAGUGACGAGCCAAUGAAAAAACCCACACGAAAACACACACAAGAGAGCAAAAACCUCAAAAUACAAAAGAAAAAACAAUGAAAACAAAGCAACAAAAGCUCAACCAAAGUACUUUACUUCCAUUUGCUUUUUUCCUAUCCUCCGCCUUCAACCACUGAGGCUGUUCUUUCUCUUUAUUUACUCUCUAUUAAAAUUUUCGAUACCCACUCUACUUUUUCAUUUUUCCCCCUUCCAAAUCCUUCACAUGUUGCAAAAGCCCUCAACUUUUCUCAAAACCGGAAACGCUUCCUUUUCAUUUUCUGCCUUUUGUUUUGCUUUUUUGUUUUGGGUGUGUUGAUAUGAUGUGAUACGAGCCCCUAGAAAAUGUUUCAGCACCUGGGAACGAUUGUUUUUGGAGCUUGGAUCGCUAAUACGGUGCCGUUUUGGCUGGUUCUACGGCCGUGAUGGGGAGAUCUCUUGAUGAAAGAUUCUGAUUCGCGUUGUUAUUUCAUUGCCGCAGAGUCCAGCUCGAAUCGGGAGAAAGUUUUCUAGGUGUUGUUUCUGUUAUUAUUUUCGGAAGCAUUUUUCAGUGUUUUGGUGAAAUUGAUCGUUUGGUGUUGAGCUCUGAUCUCGAAAGGUUUAUGCUUUUCUUGUGUUUGGGGGGUGUCUAGUAAUAGACAAAGCGAGGAUAACGAUGUCUCCAAUCUGGAUAUCGCUGUCUCUACUGGCUUUAUCUCUAUCCUGGCGCUUCAAAAUCAAGCAUUAGAGAAUACAAAAGUCGAAGUUUUAAAGUGGUCUGGUGCCCAUUUAUUGUUCUUUCUGGUGGUAAAGGAGGAUAAUCUAUAUGGGUUUGCUUUAAAUUCUGUGGGCACUGUAAUUUGUGGUCGUAAGUUCUGAGUGAAGUUCCCCUCGUGUCGAUUUUUAUGCUUUUCUUAUGUUCCAGGAAGUGUUAUAAUCUAUGCUUAAGCGAAGCUUUUCGGGUUUGUUUUAGGUAUUUUAGCUUCUUUGGAUAUUGUGGGGUUAUGUCAAUUGCAGUAUCAUUUCUAUCUUGAAUUUGAAGCUCCACAAUUUGCUUUCAAGUGUUGCUAAGGGAGGGAAACUGCUUGGGUCUUAUUUGGUUAUGCGUGGUUAUUUUGAAUUUGCAGCUAAGAGUAUCCGCUAGGAUCCCAUUUGCGCAUACUUUUUGGUGCUAACUAAGUGCUUAAAUUAGAUUUUUGAGGAAAGGAUCUACUUGGGUUUGUUUGGAUUUUUUGGUGGGUAUCUGUGAUUUGUGGUGAAAUUUAUUUUUAAGAUGGCAAUGUACUGCAAGGAUGGUAAGCAACCAGCGAACUUGGACAAUGCCAAGUAUGUCCGCUACACGCCUGAGCAGGUCGAGGCCUUGGAGAGGCUUUAUCACGAUUGCCCCAAACCCAGCUCCAUUCGUCGCCAACAGUUCAUUAGGGAAUGCCCAAUGCUCUCUAACGUUGAACCCAAACAAAUCAAAGUUUGGUUCCAAAAUAGAAGAUGCAGAGAGAAGCAGAGGAAAGAGGCAUCCCGCCUUCAAGCGGUGAAUAGGAAGCUGACUGCAAUGAACAAGCUUCUCAUGGAGGAAAAUGAUAGGUUGCAGAAGCAGGUGUCACAGCUGGUGUACGAGAAUGGCUACUUUCGCCAACAUACCCAGAAUACAACGCUUGCAACCAAAGAUACAAGUUGUGAAUCAGUGGUGACAAGCGGUCAACACCACUUGACACCUCAGCAUCCGCCAAGGGAUGCGAGCCCUGCAGGGCUUUUAUCCAUUGCAGAAGAGACUUUAACAGAGUUUCUUUCAAAGGCUACUGGAACUGCUGUGGAGUGGGUCCAAAUGCCUGGAAUGAAGCCUGGUCCGGAUUCCAUUGGAAUCAUUGCUAUUUCACAUGGUUGCACUGGCGUGGCAGCACGAGCCUGUGGCCUGGUGGGCUUAGAGCCUACAAGGGUUGCAGAAAUCCUCAAGGAUCGGCCAUCAUGGUUCCGUGAUUGCCGAGCUGUGGAUGUGCUGAAUGUGCUGCCCACUGCCAAUGGUGGAACCAUUGAGCUGCUGUACAUGCAGCUCUAUGCACCAACAACAUUGGCGCCUGCUCGUGACUUCUGGUUGCUGCGCUAUACUUCUGUUUUAGAAGAUGGCAGCCUUGUGAUCUGUGAAAGGUCACUUAAAAAUACACAAAAUGGCCCAAGCAUGCCACCUGUACAGCAUUUUGUGAGAGCUGAAAUGCUGCCGAGUGGUUACCUGAUACGACCUUGUGAAGGGGGUGGCUCAAUCAUACACAUAGUUGAUCAUAUGGAUUUAGAGCCCUGGAGCGUGCCUGAAGUGCUGCGGCCCCUGUAUGAAUCAUCAACAGUGCUUGCUCAAAAAACAACAAUGGCUGCUCUGCGCCAGCUAAGGCAGAUUGCUCAGGAGGUUUCUCAGUCUAAUGUAACCAACUGGGGCAGACGACCAGCAGCACUACGAUCAUUGAGUCAGAGGUUAAGCAGGGGUUUUAAUGAGGCACUCAAUGGUUUUACUGAUGAGGGAUGGUCAAUGAUGGGAAAUGAUGGCAUGGAUGAUGUGACUGUCCUGGUGAAUUCCUCACCUGAGAAGUUAAUGGGUUUAAAUCUUUCCUUUACUAAUGGAUUUCCAGCUGUCAGCAAUGCAGUUUUGUGUGCCAAAGCAUCGAUGCUUUUACAGAAUGUUCCUCCUGCAAUCCUUCUUAGGUUCUUGCGGGAGCACAGGUCAGAAUGGGCAGACAACAAUAUUGAUGCUUACUCAGCUGCUGCAAUUAAAGUUGGUCCUUGUAGCUUACCAGGGUCUCGAGUUGGAAGUUUUGGAGGUCAAGUCAUACUCCCUCUUGCUCAUACUAUUGAGCAUGAAGAGUUUUUGGAGGUCAUUAAAUUGGAAGGUGUGGGCCAUUCUCCUGAAGAUCCAAUGAUGCCUAGGGACAUGUUUCUAUUGCAACUCUGUAGUGGAAUGGAUGAGAAUGCUAUCGGCACCUGUGCUGAACUUAUAUUUGCUCCCAUUGAUGCAUCCUUUGCAGAUGAUGCGCCUCUUCUGCCUUCGGGUUUUCGCAUAAUUCCCCUUGAUUCUGCAAAGGAAGCCUCCAGUCCAAAUCGAACCCUGGAUCUUGCUUCUGCUCUUGAAACUGGACCAGCUGGAAACAAAUCCUCUACCGAUUAUACUGCUAAUUCUGGAUGUAUGAGAUCUGUGAUGACAAUUGCAUUUGAAUUUGCAUUUGAGAGCCAUAUGCAAGACCAUGUAGCAUCCAUGGCUCGACAAUAUGUCCGAAGUAUUAUAUCAUCAGUUCAGAGAGUAGCAUUAGCACUCUCUCCUUCUCAUUUGGGGUCACAUGCUGGUCUUCGGCCUCCACUUGGUACUCCUGAAGCACAGACGCUUGCUCGUUGGAUCUGCCAGAGCUAUAGGUGCUACUUGGGUGUGGAGUUACUCAAAUCAAGCAGUGAAGGAAGCGAAACCAUUCUCAAAACUUUGUGGCAUCACUCAGAUGCUAUCAUGUGCUGCUCUCUGAAGGCUUUGCCAGUCUUCACUUUUGCAAACCAAGCAGGGCUUGACAUGUUGGAGACGACUUUGGUAGCCUUGCAAGACAUAACUUUGGAAAAGAUAUUUGAUGAUCAUGGUCGAAAGACUCUCUGCUCAGAGUUCCCACAGAUAACGCAACAGGGUUUUGCUUGUCUUCAAGGUGGAAUCUGUUUGUCAAGCAUGGGCAGGCCAGUCUCAUAUGAGCGAGCAGUGGCCUGGAAGGUGUUAAAUGAAGAAGAAACUGCACAUUGCAUCUGCUUCAUGUUUAUAAACUGGUCUUUUGUCUAAGAUUCGGUCCAUAAUCCUGUGAGGUUCAAAGAAAGGGAACUCCAGAACUGUGUUGUUUUGUUGGCAUGUCUAUCUUUAAUGUAUAACAGCCUUGGAAGAACUAAACAUGGUGCCGUGCUCUUGUUCAUUUGCUAUGUGUUAAACUUCAUUGUGUGUUGGAAUCGUUGUCCCAAAAGUACCUCGGAUGGUUGUAUUUGACUUUUAUAUUAUUAGGCUGCAAUCACUCUGUUUCAGUUGGUUUGA